AUUUUACCGCCAAAUAUUCUGAUUUUCAAAAAUCUUCUUCUCUCCCCACUCCACACUCACCGCCCAAAAUGGCGAGAGAACGACUGUCCACGUCAUCAACGGAUGAAGAUGAAGACGAAGAAAUUUCCUCCGGUUCCGAUUCCAGCGAUUCAAGCGGCGAAUUUGCCGUUGAUUGCUCAGAAGUAGAAGAAGGAGAAGAAAACGACGAUGACGGUGGAGAAUCCCCCGCGCACCAUCCAUCGUCCGAUGGAGAUCUCAAAUCUAAGAACGUCGAUGCUUUGUUGAGGGGCAACCUUGUUGUAAGAAGACAAUCGCUGCUUCCACGAGUUCUUUCAGUGACAGAAGGAGCUGCAGUUUGUAGGAAACCGUUUAAGCCCCCAUGUUCUUAUGGCUAUAGUAACGGGAAAGAAAAUCUUGCACGUCGUCUUUGGGCUCGGAAGCGGUUUGUUCCUUGGGGCUCUUUGACGCCAGCAUUAGUUGCAAUAGCCAAACCUCUAGGUAUAGCUAGACCAGAAUCAGAUGAGGCUGAUAUUGUGGAGGAAAUUGUGACUCUGCCGCCAGGUGUUGAGCCUUUGGUUUUAUGGCAACCUGAACAAUUCGAAGAUGGACCCAUCGAAGUAGUGCCCAUAGAAGUGGAUCCGUUGCUAGUUCGUUUCCUUCGACCCCAUCAAAGAGAAGGAGUUCAGUUCAUGUUUGGAUGUGUAUCCGGGUUGUAUAGUGCUGCUAAUAUAAACGGAUGCAUUCUUGCUGAUGAUAUGGGUUUGGGAAAGACAUUGCAGUCAAUCACUUUACUAUAUACUCUUCUUCGUCAAGGGUUUGAUGGGAAGCCGAUGGUUAAGAAGGCCAUAAUUGUCACCCCCACCAGUCUUGUCAGUAACUGGGAGGCAGAAAUCAAGAAGUGGGUUGGACAGAGAGUUCAACUUAUAGCUCUCUGUGAAAGCAGCAGAGAUGACGUUGUCUCUGGAAUUGACAGCUUCACAAGUCCCCGUAGCUUGUUGCAGGUAUUGAUUGUUUCAUAUGAGACAUUUAGAAUGCAUUCAUCAAAAUUUUGCCACAGUGAAGCUUGUGAUCUUCUUAUUUGUGAUGAGGCUCACAGGCUGAAAAAUGACCAGACAAUAACAAACAGGGCAUUGGCUGCUCUCUCUUGUAAACGUCGGAUUUUGUUAUCUGGAACCCCCAUGCAGAAUGAUCUUGAAGAGUUCUUUGCCAUGGUGAACUUCACAAAUCCAGGGAUUUUGGGGGAUGUUGCAUUCUUUCGUCGUUACUACGAGACACCAAUAAUUUGUGGAAGAGAACCAACUUCUAGUGAAGAAGAGAAGAAGUUAGCUGCAGAACGUUCUUCAGAAUUAAGUGCAAUAGUGAAUCAGUUCAUAUUGAGGAGGACUAAUGCAUUGCUAUCAAAUCAUCUGCCUCCAAAGAUUGUUGAAGUAGUAUGCUGCAAGUUGACUCCUCUUCAGUCUGAGUUGUACAACCAUUUUAUACAAUCAAAAAAUGUUAAAAAAGUCAUCACUGAAGAAACAAAGCAAACAAAGAUUUUGGCUUAUAUUACAGCUCUUAAGAAGCUCUGCAAUCAUCCGAAGCUCAUUUAUGAUACCAUAAAAAGUGGAAGUCCGGGAACUACUGGUUUUGAGGACUGUAUGCGGUUUUUCCCACCAGAGAUGUUCUCAGGAAGAUCGGGAUCAUGGACUGGUGGUGAUGGGGCUUGGGUUGAACUAUCUGGGAAAAUGCAUGUAUUAGCUCGAUUGCUGGCUCAUUUACGUCAGAGAACCGAUGAUCGCAUUGUUCUUGUUUCAAACUAUACACAGACACUGGACCUAUUUGCUCAAUUGUGUCGAGAAAGAAGAUAUCCAUACUUGAGGCUUGACGGAACCACAUCGAUUAGCAAAAGGCAGAAACUAGUUAAUCGCUUUAAUGACUCAACCAAGGAUGAGUUUGUGUUCCUAUUAAGUAGCAAGGCAGGUGGCUGUGGUCUCAAUUUGAUUGGUGGUAAUCGACUGGUCUUGUUUGACCCUGAUUGGAACCCAGCUAACGAUAAGCAAGCUGCUGCAAGGGUUUGGAGAGAUGGGCAGAAAAAAAGAGUUUAUAUUUACAGAUUCCUAAGUACUGGAACAAUUGAAGAAAAGGUGUACCAGCGGCAAAUGUCAAAGGAAGGGCUGCAAAAAGUUAUCCAGCAGGAGCAAGUAGACAGCGUUAAGGGACAGGGAAACGUUUUCUCAACGGAAGAUUUACGUGACCUUUUCACAUUUUAUGAUAAUGUGAGGUCUGAAAUUCAUGAAAAGAUGAACUGCAAUCGGUGUAAAAAUGAUGGGUCUGAGAACAUAGGAGAGCAGGAGAGAUGUGAAUCAGAAAAUGGAAGCUCUGGAUCAGAUCAAGAGGUUUCUGACAUAGGUGGAUUUGCAGGAAUAGCUGGAUGUCUGGAUAAGUUAAAGAGCUCAGAAAAACAGGUGGGGAGUCCCUUAGAAGAGGAUUUAAUUAGCUGGGGGCAUCAUUUUCACUCAGAAUCAGUACCUGAUGCUAUUCUCCAAGCUUCAGCUGGCGGUGAGGUAACAUUUGUUUUCACCAAUCAAGUAGAUGGGAAGCUUGUUCCUAUUGAAUCAAAGGUAAACCCAAGGAUGCAGGAAAGGGAGGGCGGUAAAAGCCAGAACAUUGGAAAGGUUAGUCACAUGAUACAAACAGAACGCAAUAAAAUCCAGAAUUCCGUGAAGCAAAACCUGGAUUAUAGGUCAAAAUUUUUAUCCAAACAUCACAAACUACUAAAUUCUGUUUCUUCCAAUAGAAAUUCUUUGAUGAUACCACCACCACCACCACCACCACCACCACCACCACCACCACCACCACCACCACCAUCAUCAUCAUCUACUUCACCCAUCCCUUUACAAGGUGCACUUCAUAAGACCAUAUCUAGUGGACCUUCUCUUGGAAUUCAAUUACCUCUUAAAAGAUCUUCUCGUGCUUCUGUACAACAUGAUGAUGAUUUUCAAUAAAGAGUUUUUGGCAACAUGCUUUUGUUGGUUUUUUUUUUUAUAGAAAAAAUAAACAUGAAAAUAAUGUAAUGAACAUGAUAUGAUAUGUUUAAAUGCAAUUAAUACAGGUUAUUUUUAAAGAAAUA